AUGCUUCAAAUUUUGAAAUCAUUCAUUCUUUUCACAACGUUUAUCCUCUUCACAUCUUCAGUCUCGGCUGACAAGUGUGUAGUAUGUCGAUAUAAUUCACAAAAAUAUGAUCCAACCAACGUUGAUACGACUACCAAAGUGUUCUGUACCGGAGCUGUAGCUAAUCCGAUGGGAUGUACGUAUGCUGGAUAUAACACUCACAACAAAGAUCCAAAAGCACCUUCAAGAAAUGAGAUUUGGUGUAAAGCAAAGUGUAAAGAAGACGCACGCGGAAACGUUCCAAAUUGUCCACCCGUGAUGACUGAUUAUGGUUAUAAAGGAGAGCAAUUGAAACAUCCGGUAUCUGAAUUGAUAUCGCAGGGUAGCUCCCGUGAUUGUAGAGGCUGUCAACGAGACACCGAACCAUAUCUUCCUGAGACCGAUGCUGGGACGGAGAAUCAUCUAGGAUUUUUAUCAACUUCAAAGGUCGAAGGAAUCGAUCAAAUCCCAAACAAAUUCAGAUCACCCUUUCCUGACGCCGAUACUGGGAAGCGAAAUUGA